AUGCUUCCAUCAUUCCCGUCUAUCACCUUUCCUAAUCAUUGGACUUUGGUUACAGGCUUAUACCCCGAAGCACAUGGUAUUGUUGGCAAUGAAUUCUAUGAUCCAAAUUUACAAGAAACAUUUAUUCACAAGAAACCUAUCAUUAGUACACAACCAAAAUGGUGGAGUGGUGAACCGAUUUGGAAAACUGCAAGUUCUCAAAACAAGCUUUCUGGUGUAGUAAUGUGGCCUGGAUCUGGCAUUCCAACUAUGAAACCAGAUUAUUUUCUCGAUUAUGAUAGGAAUUAUUCUGCCAAAAUGAAAAUGGAUACUGUAUUAGAUUGGCUGGAUUUACCAAUUGAAGAACGACCUCAAAUGAUAUCUGUCUAUAUACCACAAAUUGAUCAAAAAGGACAUGGUGGUGGACCUGAUGGACCUCAGAUGAAUAUGGUACUGAAGAAUAUGGAUGAUGCUAUCGGGCAUUUACUUACUGGGUUGGAAGCUCGAAAUUUGAAUUCUCAUGUUCAUGUAGUGAUUGUAAGUGAUCAUGGUAUGGCAGCAACACAUAAAUCUCGAGUGAUUUAUUAUGAUGAUAUUCUCUCAGAACAAUCUUUAUCUUAUUUAAUGGAACGUGAAGCAUGGCCCUUAUUGAACCUUCGACCCAAAUACGAUGCACCAUUACAUGCUGUUGAACAAAUAUAUAAUGAACUUUACAACUAUACUCAACAACACGAAGCACAUUAUCGUGUAUUUUUACGACAAGAUGUACCAAAUCAAUAUCAUUACAGCAAUAAUGAUCGAAUUGCGCCUAUAGUUGUUAUUCCCGAUGUUGGAUAUUCUUUUCAACUUCACAAAGAAUUUAAUAAUACUAUUGAUGGUGAUUAUAGGCCUCGUGGAAUUCAUGGUUAUGAUAAUCAAGCAAUAGAAAUGAGGGCAAUCUUUAUGGCACGUGGACCUAGGGUGGAAAGAAAAUUUGGUCGUGGUGCAGUAGUCAAGGCAUUCCAAAAUACUGAAGUAUAUGAAUUUGUAGCAGGAUUAUUGAAUUUGAAUACUAGUCCAAAUAAUUGUACUUUAUGUAAUGAUUUUGAACCACUGUAA